AUGCCUUCGUCGUCGAAGGAGACCGUCCUUACCAACGCAGGCCUGAACGCCCCUAAUGGACGACGGAAAGGUCCCCCAGCAUCACCAGCGCUCCAUGAGCAGGGGGAAUUUCCCACGGAGUCCCCUGCAUUGCCACCUCCGGAGGAGCAAGGGGAAUUACCCCUGGAGUCCCCUACAUCACCACCUCCGGAGGAGCAGGGGGAAGCACCCUGGGAAUCCCCGACGCACCCGUCGGACAGCUCGGCGAGCACCUCGUGGGAGACCUGCUUGCCUGCAUUCUCGCAGGCACCACCAGGGGUAGGUUUUGUGAACCAGGCUGACACUGACAGCGCAAGCUCCGAUGAUGAAGAGGCGUGGAGAGUGCCGCAGUGGGGCCCUAGCGUAGGGAACCCCGAGGCAGGGCCAAUCCUCGGGGCUUGUCCUCCCCGCCACAGGUUGGUGGCAAUUCGGCCACUGACGAAGGUGAAGGCGGAGAGGCAUCACCGCGGCGCUCUUCCCACCGUCUCUUCACCGGAAGAGCUCACCCCGUCUCCAGAGGUGUCGGGCAGGCCUUAUGACCCUACUCACGAGACGCUCAACAGGGUUCGCAGGGUGCUGUUUCCGGCCAGCCCACAACCUGCAUCGUCGCCGGAUCUGGGGCCCUCCGGACCCUCUCCUCAACCGGGAGCGUCGAAGAAGAGGCGCGGGGCCGAGGCCUGGAGCACUCCACCUAAGCGUCGGGGAAGCUCCAUGAGCUGGUGGUCGCCCCCGCUAAGGGUCCCCUGA